UGUCGUGGAAAGCCGGAGCGGAGGAAAGCCUCAAAAUGGAAAUUUAGCCUCAAGAGCUAAGCACCAAGAUCAAGCCAUGAAGUGAACUUGCUAGUGUCAUUAUUUAUUUAUUAUUUAUUUGUUUAUUUGAAAGUGGUGUAAUAAAGUGUUUUGAUUAUCGUGCAUUAAUGAAUAAACCUAUGCGAUCAUGAAGGCUAGUUGGUGGUUACAAAGAGCCCCAACAUAAAUGGUGCCGUGACUUUUGCAGUGGCCUGGGAUCGUAAAAGUGGUGUGGAAAUGUGAACUGUUCAGUGUUAUUUUGGAAUAUACUGGUGCAUUUGUUUAUUUCAUGUGAAAACUACACGGAGGCUUUCCUUUUGCUCGGCUUGACCACCUAAUUUAAAGUGCUUUUCCGCCCUGUACGCUUGAUUAUUUCAUUGCUUUGAGAAGUAAAUAUGGAAUGUGCACGUACCUUGCCAUCGACUUGUAGGGAAAGUGAUCGAGAAGAAUUGAGCCAGGAGGAAGAAGUGAAUUUCAUUGAAGAGAACUUAAACUAUAUUGAAAAGUUUUUGAACAAUGUGAGAAAUAUCGAACAUAGAUUACCUAGAGGAUCGAAAAACCUCAUGCAAGAUUUCCGCGACACUUGGUAUACUUUUUUGAGCUUAGGAGUGAAGAGUAGUUCAACGACUGAUGAAGUUUCUAGUAAUGAACGAUCGGGAGCAGUACCGAAAUUACGAGCAACUCCACCAUGUGAGACGAAUAAUCAAGGUGUGAACGAGUAUAAUAGGAGUUUCGCCAGUGAUGAAGUGGAGUGUUCGAUGCUUGAUAUGAAGAGAAGAGCGGGUAGCGGAGAGAACAGCAGCUCAUCAGAAGAGAUUGUGCUCCGUAAGAAGAGGAAUAUCAAGAGGAAGGAUUAUGCGAAGCCCCACGGUUUGUUCGAAGAGUGGAAGAGUGUUCUUGCAAGAUUGGAUAGCCGCAAGGUGCCACCAUUAGAGAAGUUUGACGUAGACUCGAGGCAACAUUUGAAGGCAUACCUGCGACGCUUUGAAAGCUUCUGUGAGGACAAUUACCGAGGCGGUAGAGAUCUAUGGAUUGGUCAACUGGAGUUGAAUUUGAAGGGCGAGAUACUUGAAGCAUUCAAUUCAAUGAAAGAAGUGGACGAUUCCUACAACGACGUCAAGAAGAAAUUAUGUGACUGGUACGAAGACAUGAAAGAGCUGCGCCGAGAGAAGAACGAAAAGGAUUUCACUAGAGCUUGUUGGGUGAAAGACGAGCCAAUGUAUCUCUUCUGUAACCGUCUGGAGCGCUCAUACCGGCUAGCUUAUCCGCGACGCAAGGUGAACUUGAGUAAGACGUUGAUCAACAAAUUCACGAACUGUGUUCCCAAUGACUUCAAAAAAUGCCCGACGUACAGACCACGUGGGACCAGGAGAGAGAACGAGAACCAGGCAGCAUCACGACCACUGCACGUCCAUAGCCCUCAGAACGAGGAGUCCAGCCAAAGAGCCAGUGCUAACCCGGACGCAAGAGAGCCGGAGUUCAAAUCCAAAGCUGCUGCUCAAGAAACAAAGCUAGAGCGUCAACGUAGACUGAAUUCGGACAAAGGAACCCUUCUUCUCCGCAACAGAUUUUCAAGGCUCGUAGAUGAAGCGGACCAAAAUGAAGACAUCAACGGUAACCGUGGCAACGUCCGCAGCCACGUGAACUCCGACCGAAAUCAUACGACCUACGACGAAUGGAAGAGUGAGCCGACACGCGAGACCACGAACCCGAGACACAACAGUCAGCAGGGCGAGCCUGUGCCUGCUAUCGAACAGCCUUCAGAUGUGCACAGUAACAGUACUCGUGGGUCAGAGUUGCCUAUGGGUGACCAGAGUGCGCCGCGAUGUGAAGGCGAGUCCCAAAACCUUCAGACUCAGCAGAGCGUUUAG